AUGGCUGCCUCUACAAUGGCUCUCUCUUCUCCCUCAUUCGCCGGCAAGGCCGUGAAGCUUGCUCAGUCCGCCUCCGAACAGCUACUCGGUGAAGGCAGAGUCACCAUGAGAAAGACUGUGGCUAAGCCCAAGACGGUUUCAUCCGGUAGCCCAUGGUAUGGACCAGACAGAGUCAAGUACCUGGGACCAUUCUCCGGUGAGCCUCCCUCCUACCUCACUGUGCUCGCUCGGAAUGGUGUUAAGUUCGGCGAGGCCGUGUGGUUCAAGGCUGGUGCACAGAUCUUCAGCGAGGGUGGAUUGGACUACUUGGGCAACCCAAGCUUGAUYCACGCCCAGAGCAUCCUGGCCAUCUGGGCCACUCAAGUUAUCUUGAUGGGUGCUGUCGAGGGCUACCGUGUCGCCGGCGGGCCUCUUGGUGAGGUGACAGACCCACUCUACCCCGGCGGCAGCUUCGACCCACUUGGCCUUGCUGAUGACCCAGAAGCUUUUGCUGAGCUUAAGGUGAAGGAGAUCAAGAACGGCAGACUGGCUAUGUUCUCCAUGUUUGGCUUCUUUGUUCAGGCCAUUGUGACUGGCAAGGGACCCUUGGAGAACCUUGCCGACCACCUUGCCGACCCUGUCAACAACAAUGCCUGGGCCUACGCCACCAACUUUGUUCCGGGCAAGUGAUCAGCGCAAGAUAAACCACAAUUAAUAUUUAUGUUCUUAAUUUACUGCUCAGAGAAACCAUGUGCAUUUGAUUUUUGUGUGUUGGCUUUGCAAUGUAAAUUGAUGCAAAUUAAUGGAAAAUUCUAUUGUAAACAA